CUGUUGAAAUCUCUAGAGAGAAUAACCUUUUACUUGACAGUUAGUUUUGUGAAUAGUUGUGAGUUGAUUUGAUUCUGUGAGAGUUCUGUAGGUCAUAAAAAUGAUAAAUGUACAAAUAAGUACAGCAUCUGGUAUAAAACAGAUUCUUACUAUUGAUGGAUCACUUAAAUUUCAUGAACUCCAUAAUCGAAUCGAAGAUUUGAUAAAUUUUCCAAGGGAACACUUUUAUAUCGUGCAUAAUGGAAAACUUGCGAAUGAUGAUGAUACAUGCUACGAUGGAUGCGUUUCCAUUUUUCCACGAUUGUUGGGAGGCAAAGGAGGUUUCGGAUCCAUGUUACGCGCGAUCGGUGCACAAAUUGAGAAAACUACGAAUCGCGAAGCUUGCAGGGACUUAAGUGGACGUAGACUUCGUGACAUCAAUGAAGAGAAACGAUUAAAAGCUUGGAUCGAAAAACAAGGCAAACGAGAAGAGGAAGCUGCAGAACGUAAGAAGAAGAAGCUAGAAAGACUUUGUACCGAACCAAAGCAUGAAUUCAAAGAUCAGACCUAUGACCGUGAAAGAUCAGCUUUAACAGAAAGGGUCGGUAGUGCUGUUGAAGAAGGAUUUAAAGCUGUAGGUGUGUCUGGAGUAAAAAGAAAGGAAGAUGAAGAACUUGAAUCAGUUAAAAAGAAAAGAAAAACAUUAUUAGAUAUUGAUAUUGAUUCAGAUGAAUUAGAUAGUUCUGAUGAAAGUGACAAUGAUGAAGCAACAAAUUCAAAACCAAAUCAAAAUGAACAAAUAUCCAAUGAUAGUGGACAUUCUAGCGACGAGAGUGGGAGCAGUAAUGGGAACACAAAUGGGACAGAAGGGAACUCUUCAGAAACUUCCUCUGACCAUCAAGUCAGUGAUAAAAUCUUAAAUAAUAUAACAGCAUUAAAUACAGAUACCAUUACAGUAGAUUCCAAUGAAUCUUCUAACUCGAAUCCAAUCAAAUCCGAAGGUGAAAAUCUUAAAGAAUGUACAUGAGUAUAUUCUACAUUAAGAAUUAAUGUUACCAUAAAAUUAAGUUUUAUUUCUGUGUUUCACAGAUAACAUUGUACAAGUAUUUGUCUAAUAAAAUUCUCAUCAGUAUUUCAUUCGAGAAUGUUACUAUUCUCUUUAACAUUAUCAAGAGAUUUUCCAUGCUGCUAACUCACUGGCUAAUUUAGCACCUAAUGCAAAUAAGACUACCGAAGCAAUAAACGACUUGAAGAAGUCAUUUACAAGCAAUUCUCUGUACUUGCAUCGGUACACCCAUUUAUAGAUGUCUUCCACAUAUUUUGAACCAGUUAAAUAUAAGUCAUCGUUCUUUCUAUACCUCCUCUGAAUUUGCGUAUGUACCGUAUGUGCCAAAGUUCCCAGACAAAUAUAGUAACAAGAUUUGUGGCACUGUUCAUAUAAAACAAAUUGGAAAUAAUUAUUACAUAUGUAUAAUAUACAUUAUAUUUAUCAUAUUGUACAAAAGCCUAUUUAAAAGAAAAGUAAUUUCAGAUGAUCUUACAUUCUUAGAUUUGUUUUCCCUAAUAGAUGAUUGAUCUGAUAACGUAGAUGAUGAUGAUGUACAACUAUACUCCACGGUCAUCUUCAAUUUUCCCGCGGAGUACAAAUUUUGCGUAGAAAAAUUACAUUUCUUUUACAUGGCGAUCCUUACGAACGUAAACAAAAUCGAGAGAUAUCGAAAUUGACGCUCUUUUGUCUAAUCAAAAAUUUCUAAAUAUUAGAACUACUCAACUACUGUAGUAAUUCCACUAUUUCCCUUGAAACCUUCAAAUUUCAAGAAUCAUCAACGUGUUCGACGAUUCUUAACAAGUUGAAUGUCAUGGGGGUCACCGGUGACCCCAACCGAAUCAGAUUACUAUAGUUCACCCAGUGAAACUAUGAUUAUUUAAAAAGAUUUCUAUAUUAUAAAUAAUGCUGUCUAAUGCAGUGACAUUCAGCUAUGAACAUGCAAUAAUAAUAACGCAAUUCAGUCGUAUGAUCUAAUAUUAUAUUUUUUCGACUUUGCUAUAUGAAAUCGUGCGGCAUUCAACGUGUUAACGCAUUGUAUGCGGGAAAUAUAAAAACACUGUUUAUAUACCGUCGAGUAGUAUUAAAUACUUGUAUAACUUCAUUAAUAUUUUUGAUAAAAGUAGAUAGUCGAUUCCUUCUGCGUAUGAAAGUAUUUCUAUUCGUAAUGGAAACUCGAAAAUGUGUUGAAUAAUAAAUAAAUCGAACGUAAAUGAUAUAAGUUGAGAUGAACAAAAUGGCUCGCACGCACUAUUAAUCAUCAUUUGAUAAAUCUCGAAGAUACGUUGAAAAAUAAAUGAUAUAAGUUGAGACGAACAAAAUGGCCCGCACGUAACGUGUUAAUCAUCACUUGAUAAAUCUCGAAGAUAUAUUGAAAAAUAAAUUAUAUAAGUUGAGAUGAUCAGAAUGGCUCGCACGCAAUGUUAAUCGUCAUUUGAUAAAUCUCGAAGAUACAUUGAUUAAUGCAUAAGUGAUACAAGUUGAAAUGAACAAAAUGGCCCGCACGCAAUGUUAAUCGUCAUUUGAUAAAUCUCGAAGAUAUAUCGAAAAAUAAAUAAUAUAAGUUGAGAUGAACAAAAUGGCUUGCACAUUACGUGUUAAUCGUCAUUUGAUAAAUCUCGAUACGUCGAAUAACAGAUAAGUGAUACAAGUUGAAGCGAACAAAAUGGCCCGCACGCAAUGCUAAUCGUCAUUAGAUAAAUCUCUAAAGCAUUGAAGAAACUCGAAGCAACUGAAUCAACAGCGUUCGCAACGUACGCAACAACAACGCGUCCGCUCUCAAGAUCGAAUUUAUCCGCACAAAAUCAGAAACUCUAUGCAUAUGCAUGAAACUCGGCUGUUCCCAUUUAAUCGUAUCAGCAGCGAGCCACGCGACCGAAAAAAGACCACAAGUGAACAGUCCCGCCGACUUUUCCUCCAUUUCGUCUGCGUCCUACCAACGCUGCGAAAACGGCACGUCGUACGGUUUAAAUUGGCCACCGCCGAAAUGGCGAGACACGCGUAGAACCGGAGAACACUCGUAGGUGGGCAGACCGCAGAGGAUCCCGCGAAUUGUGCGAAAUAUCAAAGAUCAAUUAGGAAAACGGAACACGUUUAAAUAGUGGGGGAACUCGUUGGCCGUGACUUCGGUCAGCCUAACAUUGCCGCUGUCAGUCGGCGUCUUGGUCUUCCGUGCGACUACCACGAGUUCCGCUGGCGCGUCGAGUUUCCAUAAAUCGGAGCCCCGCUUCGGAACAACCGCGAUCGGCAGGAGUGCGAACAGAUCUAUCCAACAGUCGACACUU